AGCAAUGCACGAUCUAAUAUAUAUAUGAUCAUUGGCUCCAAGAACAAUCGGAGUUUUCUUCACUUUAAUUCUUCAAAUCUUCUCUUUUAAUUUCGCUUUCAGCUAGUUCCGAUAUCGAGAUUGCGUAACCCGAAAACCCACUUCGCUAUUCUUUCUCUAAAGCAUCAUCUAUGGUGAUCUCGGGCGAAGAAGACAAAGAAGAAGCUGUUACUACGAGCAGCAAAGAUGUCUCAAUCUCAGAUGGUAACAAGUUCGUAUACCAAAUCCUCAAUGGUCCUAACGAACAGUGUUUUGAGAAUUUCCGAAUGGAUAAGCCUGUCUUCUACAAGCUCUGUGAUCUCCUUCAGACCAGAGGCUUAUUGCGUCACACUAAUCGAAUCAAGAUCGAGGAACAGUUAGCUAUCUUUUUGUUCAUCAUUGGUCAUAAUCUUCGAACUCGAGCUGUUCAAGAGCUCUUCUGUUACUCUGGUGAAACCAUUAGCCGCCAUUUCAACAAUGUUUUGAAUGCAGUUAUUGCAAUCUCUGUGGAUUUGUUUCAAUCCAAUCCGGAUUCUGAUACCUUAGAGGAUGAUCCUAGAUUCUAUCCUUAUUUCAAAGACUGUGUUGGUGUUGUUGAUAGCUUUCAUAUACCUGUUAUGGUAGGAGUAGACGAGCAAGGUCCGUUUCGGAACAGCAGUGGACUUCUUACUCAGAAUGUUCUUGCAGCUUCUUCGUUUGAUCUUAGAUUCCACUAUGUGUUAGCUGGUUGGGAAGGUUCAGCUACUGAUCAACAAGUUCUCAAUGCAGCUUUGACUCGGCGUAACAAGUUACAAGUCCCUCAAGGAAAAUACUACAUUGUAGACAAUAAGUACCCGAAUCUUCCUGGCUUUAUCGCGCCGUAUCACCGUGUUUCAACCAACUCAAGAGAAGAGGCAAAGGAAAUGUUCAAUGAACGACACAAGUUGUUGCAUCGGGCAAUUGACCUGACUUUUGGAGCUUUGAAAGAACGGUUUCCGAUUCUACUAUCAGCUCCACCGUAUCCUCUGCAAACACAAGUGAAACUGGUGAUUGCGGCGUGUGCAUUGCACAACUACGUCCGCUUGGAGAAACCAGACGAUUCAGUGUUUAAAAUGUUUGAAGAAGAGACUAUGGCAGAAGCAGGAGAAGAUGGAGGAGCGGCUUUAGAAGAGGAACAAAGUGAGAUAGUGGGGCAGGAACAUGGGUUCAGACCAGACGAAGUUGAAGAGAGUUUAAGGCUAAGAGAUGAGAUCGCAACUGAUCUCUGGGACCAUUAUGUCCAGAAUCUGUCUACCUUCUAAACUUGGCUUUGGCUUCUUUAAGAGUGUUUUGUUUGUUAGGAAGUUCAAUUAAGUCAAAUAACGUUGGUUAAGUAAAAAAAUUCUUUACAUCAAAUCAAAUAUAUCCAAAUA